UGAUGAAUAGGACCUCACACAGCCACUAAAGCUCUCUUUCUGAAGACAGCAACUCAGCUCAGCUCAUCACUAACCACAGCACCACAGAAGAAGAGAUGUCCCAGAUCAGAGCUGCUGUGAUAGUGCUGCUUGUGCUCCUGGCUGUGGGGCUGUUCACUACUGAGGCUUCUGCAGCUAAACAAGGUCAAUAUUCGGCUGUCAAAGUUUAGUCUUAGUCCGUCCGUCUGUCUGUCUGUAUGCCUCUGUCUCCCUCUCUCCAAGUUUAGUCUUAGUCCGUCUGUCUGUGUUAUUACUGGAAAACUGAAAGAAACUGUUGGACAAUUAGAGUAAUAUUUAGUCUUUAUCAAGAUUCCUCCUUAAUCGUUUAUUUGCUCCUUUUUUACAGCACGUCGUAUAAGAGGCUGUUGUCAAAGCUACACUGGUAGGAAAAUACCUUUUGGGGUUAUCAUAGGCUAUACCCUACAGACCACGACUGAAAUCUGCAGAAUCCCUGCCAUCAUGUGAGUAUCUUUGGUGUGAAUAUUUAUUUUUGAAUUCAGGUUCAGGAUUCUUAACAAGAAAAAUACCAUUAUACUGUAAUUAUAGUUGAAUACAAAAACGGGGUUAAUAAUGCUGAAAGUGUAAAAACAGAGUGUUGAAUAUGGACUGACGGUAUUGUAUGCGUCUCUUCCAGGUUUCACACUGGAAAAGGGAAAGAUGUGUGUGCAGACCCUUCCCAGAGCUGGGUGAUCGAACAUGUCAACCGACUGGGGUAAGAAUUACUCUCAUAAAUAACAUUUCAACUGUAAUACUAUUUACACUUGAAUAAUAAAAGGGAUUUAGAAUAUAGUUGUUUAUUAUGAAUGGUACAAACAAAGUUGGUACUCAUGAAUGUAGACCCAUUGAACCUGUUCCAGAUUUUAGAACAGAUAAAACUCUAAAUUGGAGUUAUUGAAAGUUAAGAGUGGCCUUAAGAAUUGAAAAUAAUAUUCAUUUUUCUAAUCUAUUUUAGGGACAAGGCGGUUCACAUCAGGAAAAUCACAGUCCUAAUCCGAUGAUGGGUACUCUGGAUACAGAGGAGCAGUACAUGUGUAUUCCACAGUCAGGAACUGAACAUGUUAAUAACCAAUGUAAAUCUCCCAUCCUGUUUCGUCUGCUAUACAGCUACUUAUAUCUUCUUAGUCCUAUAUUUUCUGGGCUGAAUUUAUAUAAAUAUAUUUUGUAAAUGUAAAAAAUCUUGUUAUAAUAUAACCUUUGUUUAUAUGCAAUAAGGUUACGAUCUCGUUAUAAGAGUAUCAGGAAACUAAAUGUUUAUACUUUUAUUCAUGAA